CCCUCUCUCUCACCAAAAAAACAGACCAUCCAACUCGUCUUACACCAAUCUCAACCCGCCAUUUUACUUCUACAACUGCAUUGCAACCAUUGCAAUAAUAGUUGUUGAGAUUCUCUGACCCCCGCUUAGUUGGUUCAGUUUAUCUUCAAUUCCGUCGAAAUGGAUGUUAUCAAAUCUAUCCUCCCCGAAGCAAAGGGUGUUCUACCCUACUACAUGAUCAUCCUGUCCAUCAUUUCGAUCGGAAACUCGCUGCAGACGUAUACAACCCUACACUUCUCCCGACGAGUCUACAACGGCAAAUUCGUCCGCAACCCCAAGCUCCCUCCCAAGACCGACAAGUUUGAGCCAGAGGACCAGAUCAACAAGCUGGUUCCUGCUCAGAACGACCCCAAGGCUACCGAUCAGCUUACUCCCCUUGCCGGAAGACUUUUCGGUACCUGGACGCUCAUUACUUGCGUUGUUCGAUGCUACGCAGCUUAUAACCUCCACAUUGGUCCUGUUUACACCAUUGCUUACUGGACUUACAUUGUCGCCUUGGGACAUUUUGCCAGUGAGCUCUUCGUUUUCAAGACCAUGACUUUUGGUCUCCCUCAGUACUUCCCUUUCACUCUGGCUUCCAUCUCUCUUAUCUGGAUGCCUCUUGUCCGUGACUACUAUGUCGAGUACAACUAAAUCAGGCGACAAAUGGUGAGACUGGUGAGUGGCGGUGAAUGUAAUAUACACAUGGCAGGCAAAUACUAGAUGCCUGGAAUCGGCAUAACGGCAACUUGUUAUUAGA